AUGGCAGAAACUGUCACAUCUUCAAGUUCACCCACUCUAAAGAAGGAACAAGACCUCAUAUUAAAUGAUACACAAGAAGAACCACUAAUGAAUGAAUUAACGAAUCCAACGGAAAUACCGUCAAAUUCAUCGGAUGAACAAGUUCGGAAAUUAUUGAACAAAUCUAUCGCUUUACAAUUAAAACCUUUAAAUUUAGAACUCUCACAAUUGGCAUUUAAUGAAUUAUCCCUACUAGUAAAUGACCAAUUGGACUUUUUAAUUUCUGAAUUGCAUAGGAUGUCUGUGAUACAGCGACGUAAUGCAGCAGCAAAGACAGAUAUCGAGUUAUUGUUGAGAGGUUUGAAUUUAAACAUGUCUGAAUUGCAUUAUCAAUUACAAGUCUCGAAUUUUAUGAAAUCCAAAAAUGGUAAGGAUUACGAUACUUUGAUAAAGGAUUCUUCAACAAUAUUUGAUAGUUCUGAUACUAUGGCGAAUCCUGGACAUGAUUCAAUGGUUAAUAAUCCUUCAAAUAUAUUAAUAAAACCAAACAAUCCCUUUGAAAUUUCGAUCCCCAAUUGGCUCCCUGCCUUCCCUCCAGAUCAUACUUAUAAAUUCACACCUCAAUUCAAUAAACCAAUAACAGAUCAAGUACUGAUAAAACAAAAAUUAAUUGAAGAAGGAAAAAAAUCUGAAAAAUCUUUAUUAAAUUUACUAAAUGAUAUCACUGAACAAUCAUCUAUUGAAAAUGAAGAAACCUCCAAUUUUGAUUCCGAAUUAGCCAGAGAGGAGAACAUUGCAAUCUAUGGAUACGAUGCGAUGUCUAGAAAGAAGAGGAAACCUCCACACUUAAUAUCUAUUCAUGAUACAGAACAGAAUUUCUUCAAUCAUCCGCAAGGUAGUAAACAUUUCAAUGUUGGUAACUAUGCACAUUUUAGGGUGGAAUUAACAAGGAAAAGGGUGGAAGAAUUCGAAUUGGAACAAUUAAAAUGGGAAAAAAAUCCAUUCUUACGACUCUCUAGAAUGAUCAACGAUAAGAAAGUGUCCAGAUCGGAUUUGAAACUAGAAAUUAAAAAUAGUUUGCAAAGAUCAUAUAAAUCAAUCUUUAGGAAUUAUCCAAAAUUGAAACAAGAAAGAGACAGGAGACUUGAAUUGGCAAGACAAAAGAGAGAGGAAAAGAUUGAAAAGUUGAAGAUACAGAAUGAACAAUUGAAGAAGGAUAGAGACGCCCAAUUACUUGCUGCACUCUCAAUGGAAACAUCUGGAGAAAACACAAAGACUGAAUCAAACUUAACGGGUGUGAAUGAUCAGAAGCUCAACGAGUUCAGUACCAUUGCUACUAACAUUGAAGAUGUCGAAGAUGAUGGGAUCGGCUUAUUUGGAGACUUGGAAAGUAGUGAUGAGGAUAACGAUGACAAGGUUAACAAUACUAACACAUCAAUAGAUAACAACAAUAUACUCCCCGUAGACGGAACGCCGGACAAUGAAACCGCAUCAGUGGCAAGUAAUAUCAUAGCAGUUGCGCCUAACCAACCGGAGGAAAUAAUAUCCUCUGUAUCUGAUAGCAUAAAUGAGAAUGUAACAUUAAAAAAUCCAAAUGAACCAAAACAUACUGAGAGUGAUGACAGUGGAACCUUUGAUGAUCAGAACUUCUUGUUCCAAGAUGUGGCUACAAGCGAAAUAGAUAAACUUAAUAAUGGUAAUGACACCAUUGUUUAA